CUUGGAGCAUUCAGUAGAGUCCCGUGUACGCUGUUGUGUACAAGCUGCGUUAGCGCUUGGACUGCAGGGCUAAUUAAUCCCUUGAAUUGUUAAUAAAUAUAAUUAUUGAUUCGGGGGAAAUAGAGUGGGGUGGACGCGGGUGCGAUUGAGGGCUGAAUUUUCAGGGUUUUGGAAGAUGGUUUUGGCGGAGAGAAAUUCGGAGAAUGUUAGGAACGGGCGGAGAUCGAGGGGCCCCAGCCCCAAUGGGCAAACCGAGUCCUCGAGCGAGGAGGAUGGAGUUCCAGCGGAAAAAAUUCGGGUGGGCAGGGACUAUCAAGUCAUCGUGCCUGAGUUCAUCCCAGUCAGUGAACGACGCUUGGAUAAAUGCCCGGACCGAGCCCUUCUAGUGUGGUCACCCACCACUGAUAUUCCAGACCAAAAAUUGGAUGAGUACAUCAUCCUCGCUAAAGAGAAAUACGGAUACAAUGGGGAACAAGCACUGGGUAUGCUGUUCUGGCACAAGCACAAUUUGGAGAGAGCAGUCCUCGAUUUAUCAAAUUUCACCCCAUUCCCUGAUGAGUGGACGGUGGAGGACAAGGUUCUCUUCGAGCAGGCAUUCCAGUUCCAUGGGAAGAGUUUUCAUCGCAUAAGACAAAUGCUCCCAGACAAAUCCAUCGCAAGCCUAGUUAAGUACUACUACAGUUGGAAGAAAACGCGAACCAGAACGUCCCUGAUGGACAGACAGGCGCGUAAACUGACGAGUGGAGGAAAAGAGGGUGAGAAUGGCAGUGAAAAUGGAAGCGAACUUGGCUCCAACACCGACAGUGAAUCCGAGGAAAAAAAAUGGACGAUCCACCGCGGAAUACGACGUGGAAAAAACCAAGCUGUACCAGGGAACCAAGGUGCCGACGGCAAGGCGACCUCCGACUCGGAAAACAUCCCCCAGGUUCAGGGGUCAUGUAGCAACUGCGGCGUUGCUUGUCAUAGUGUUCGUGCAACGCCCAAGGGACACGCGUGUCAUAGCUGCUAUCUUCACUGGAGGCGAACGGGUGUCGCGAGGCCCCUGAGUUCCAUGCCGGGUCGUUCUAACAAAAGAAAACCGCCGCGUGGACUGGUAGUUAAUCACGACGAUCUUGCUGUUCUCGCUGGUCAGCCCAACCAGGCUAACAACAGCCUUCAAGCUAUCGACACUGAAAUUGUUAGCCUCAAACGACAAAUUCAAUCGAACAAGCAGCAAGUGAGUGUGCUGAAACGAAAAACAGCGGAUGGAAUCGAUGACUUGCGCCCACCUGAGGUCUCCAGUCGCAUCAACGCCCGCUGGACAAACGAUGAGCUACUUCUGGCCGUUCAGGGGGUGCGAAAAUACGGAAAGGAUUUCUCAGCAAUAGCCGAUGUCAUCGGAACCAAAACCGAAGCCCAUUUGCGCUCGUUCUUCGUUAAUUAUCGACGGAGAUACAAUCUUGAUGCUGUUCUCAAAGAAUACGAGGCUGAGAAUGGACCUAUUCUCAUUGACGAUGAAAAAGAGGAGAAGAUGGACGUCGAUCAGCCGACGAGUAACGAGACCACCGACAGCUCAAAAAGCAAGACUUCCGUGAGUGUCAGUCAAACGGUGAAAUAACAUAACGUAGCGUGAGUAUCGCGUUCACAAAAUUAAUUUAACUAAUUGAAGGCAAUUUCUUUUUUUUUUCAUCGAUGAAAGAUUAAUAUGUACAGUCACAAUUACAUGUGAAUUAAUUGAGAAAAUACGGAAAAUGUGAAUGACCUGUUUUCUCACAUACUUCAUGGAGAUUAUUCGAGAGAGCAUUCUGAAAUACAGACACACGAUUCAUAAUGUUUCUUCUUCUUUCACCAUAACUCAACUAUUUUUAAUGUUGUAAACCUGCAGAUUAAAUAUUUGAAAAAUGAAGAUUGAGGACACGUUUUUUAUGUCAGUUUCGUUGGCAAUGUGACACAAUUGUUUGUUGAAUCUACGCACUCUAAAUUUACAUGUUCAGAAAUUUUAUUCGAAGAAGAAUAUUAUUAUCCAAAUGAAAAUCGAAAAAUUUUAUUCGACAAAGAAUAUUAUUAUCCAAAUUAAAAUCGUGAUGACGAUAGUAAUCUUAUCCUUUUUCUGGCAAUUCCGCCGGAAAAAUCACGUUUGAAAAAAUAAAAAAAAAACGUCUAUUUUUCUAUUUUUUCCCCAAACUAUUUUCAAUGUUGUAAAUCAGAUUAAAGAUUCGGAAAAUGAAGAUUGAAGACACGUUUUUUUACGUCAAUUUCGUUGGCAAUGUGACACAAUCGUCUGUUGUAUCCACACACUCUAAAUUUACAUGUUUAGAAAAAUUUGAUUCGAAGAAGUUAUUCGAAGAAAUGGUUAUGCACAUAAAAAUCGUGAUGACGAUGAUCAUCUCGCCCUUUCCCUGACAAUCUCUGUGGAAAAAUCACAUUCGAAAAAAUCACUUUUGAAAAAAAUUAGUAGAAAAAUCUAACAAUUUCUCCUCGAAAUUUUCUUGAAUUUCUGUUGAAACUAUAACAAUUCCUGGGGAUAACCUUUCCAUCUUUUCUUAUUUUCUUAAACAAAUUGAAAUACAGUCGGAAAAGAUUCUGCCCAAGAAAUUAAAAUGUAAUGACUCUUCUAGAAAAAAUCUCACGAAAAAACAAUACUGGAAAGUUACAUAAUCUUCGAUAGAAUUUCAAGAGAACUUGAAUAACAUUUAAAAAAAACAGACGUAGAUUUUUCUAUCAUUUUUCUUCAUGCGUGAUACUCGUAUUUCCACAGCGGUGGAAUAGGCCUCUGAGACACAGAUUUUCCCAAAAUUUUCUUAGACGAAGAAUAAAUAUUCUUCUUACACAAAUGAAAAUCGUGAUGACGAUGAUCAUCUCGCCCUUCUAAAAUCACGUUUGAAAAAAUUUACCAGAAAAAUCCAACACUUUCUCUUCGAAAUUCUCUUGAAUUUCUGUUGAAACAAUAAAUAUUCUUGGGGAUGAAUUUUCCAUUUUUUUUUAUUUUCUUAAACAAAUUGAAAUACAGCGGGAAAAAUUUAUGCCCGAGAAAUAAAAAUCUAUUGACUCUUUUCUAUGAAAAAAUCUCAUCAAAAAACGACGCUGUAAAGUUCCAUAAUUUUCAAUAGAAUUUCAAGAAAACUUAAAUAAAAUAAAAACAACAAAUGUCGAUUUUUCUAUUAUUUUUUUUCAUACGUGAUACUCGUAUUUCCACAGCAGUGGAAUAUAGUCCUCCGACCCACAUAUUUUCCCAUGUGGGAAGAUGAUAUUCAGUCAUACAUGAAGAUAUUGAUAAGAAUAUAAAGUACAUCUGAAUGAAUCAAUUGAAACGGUGUUUGUACAUACGAAUAUAUAUUUGUAUCGGCAAAAAUUUUGUGAUUGUCCUGCACUAUUCGUUGGUACAUUGAAUUGAGUAUUCCUUCAUCAUUGAAAAAGUACCAGAAUAAGAAAAAUCCCUUCUGAAUAGCAAUAUUCAGAUUUUUAACGGUGAAAAACUAGUUUUAUUUGCUUCAGCUGCGUAUUUCGUUUUUAUUAUUUAUUCUCUAGCGAAUAAUUAUCGAAAGAUUCACUCAUCAAAAUCCAAUUAACGAUGAUAAUUUUAAUUAUUCUACGAGCCUUCCAUGAAUCAUUGAGAGAAAAUACCCCUAUUCUAUGCAUUCGGUUUCCCCAGAGAAGCGUAAAAAUUAUAAAAUGAAAUUAAUUAUUAAAGCUAGGAUAAACGGUAGGAUAUUGUGUGCUGAAUAUCUGAGUAGCUUAACUAUGUCCCAAUAACUGAGUUGUUUGAAUAUUAAAAAGUUAAUUGUAAAUAUCUGAAGCACUAUUGUAUAUUACGAUGAGUUACACAACAAGAGAUUAAAUCGUUGGGGAUGUGGGCGCACAUUACCAUCGAUUUUCCAAGUAUUCGGAGAGUACUUUCAACACUGCUUGCGUUGUGAGAAAAAUUGGUUUGCAUUUCACACAUUUUCGUAUUUUUGUUCAUGCUAUGCAUUCACGUCGCCAACAUUUCUCACGAUACUUGCAAGAAAAAAAUAAUUAUGCCAUUGGUCAACGACUAUGGUGCAUUUGACUUACGAUCGAGUGUAGGAAAUUUUAGAAUUAAGAGUGAUAAAUUAUAUUAGUUACUAAGAAUUCCUCAUUUAUCGUAAUUAACGGUUUAGAUUAAGAUAGGUAUGUUAUCUAGAUAAAUUCUAGGUGAAUAAAAAAAUAUAUAUUAAAA